AACGUAAAAAUUUGAUGGCUGCCAAGUUGACAGAUGUGCUGUGCUGUGAAUGGAUUUAUUCCAGAAAUUAUUUUUACAGCAAAAUACUACGAGUAACUCUUCGUAGUUCGCAACUUGAUUAAAAACGGUACACGUGUACCUUCGCUAAUGGUAUUUCGUAACAAUUAUUUCCCGUUUAAAUGUAUACAAUCAGUGUUAAAAAUGUUUAAUUGACACUUUACUUUGGGACACGUACGUCUUGAACUAAUGAAAUAGUCGGUGCCUGUUUACUAAAAAAUGAGGGGGAUUAAGGUGUUUAUAAUAUGUUUGUGUAUUAUUGUGUCGGCGGCGGAGUUGCUUGGGCCCGAGAGCAAGAAGAAAAAUGACAAAGAUAAGGAGGAGGGUAAAGAAUGGGGUGAAGAAGAUCGUGGUGAGCCAGAGUCCCUGGAUUUCGAACAGGAAUACGUCAAAGGGCUCAACAAGGAGAUUAUAACGUUGCAUGAAUAUGCUGAAGCUAUACGGAAGACCCAAGAUUUGCCCAAAGAGGAUGAUAUUGCUGAAGAUAAUCAGCUGAAGCAAAUGGAGUUUUCUCUGAAGAUGUUGAAGAAGAACCUUUUGCGGCAUACGGAAGGAACUUGGCUCGGAGACUUGAAAGAUGACGACUACGAAGGAAAUCUAGAUAAACUGGUUGAUAAUCCACAGGACAUUCUGGACACAUUGCCACCUCUACCUGAAGAAGAGGAACCAGAACUGACACCAGAGCUAAAAGAAGCGAAAGAGCUCUAUGAUGCAGCCUUAGCGAAGCUGAACCGCCGCUCGCCCGACCUCCGCGCCUCCAUCCUCCAAGUGAAGGAAGCCGCCGACAUGGGCUACGCCCCCGCUAAGAUCAAACUGGCUUGGAGCUAUCUGUUUGGAGAAGGGGUUGAACUGGACCUGGACAAGGCACGGGGUAUUUUUGAGGAGCUGGUUGGAGAGGGGAAUGCUGAUGCUCAUGCUGGUAUGGGCUUUCUCUACGCCACCGGUAUCGCCGUCCCAGUGUCCCAAGCUAAAGCCCUAGUCCACUACAAUAUGGGCGCCCUCGGGAAUAGCGACUACGCUCAGAUGGCGCUCGCGUACCGCUACUGGGCGGGCGUCACCGUGCCCAGCUCGUGCCAAAAGGCCAUGGACUUAUACAUGAAGGUCGCCGCCAAAGUGGCCAGCGGCGUGACCUUAAGCGGAGGCCCGUCCAUCCAGCGGACUCGAUUACUAGACGAGGCCGAAGGCACUGGAGGGGGCGGGGCUUUAGACUCUGACCUUAUUGAAUACUACCAGCUGUUGGCUGAGAAGGGAGAUGUACAAGCUCAGGUAGGGUUGGGACAGCUGCACUUCCAAGGUGGGCGCGGGGUGACGCUGGACGUCAAUAAGGCUCUGCAUUACUUCUUGCAAGCGGCUAAGACGGGGAACGCUGUGGCCAACGCUUUUCUAGGGAAGAUUUAUCUAGAAGGCGGCGACGGCAUCAAAGCGGACAAUGAAACAGCGUUGCGGUAUUUCCGUAAAGCGGCAGAACAGAACAAUCCGGUCGGGCAAAGCGGGCUGGGCAUUAUGUAUUUGCAGGGUCGAGGAGUACCAAAGGACACGGCGGCGGCGCUGAAAUUCUUCACAAUGGCCGCCAACCAGGGAUGGGUGGAGGGGCAGCUGCACCUCGGCUUUAUGUACUUUAGCGGCAUCGGCGUCCGACGCGAUUUCAAACAAGCCAACAAAUACUUUUCACUGGCCUCCCAGUCGGGACACGUGUUGGCCUUGUACCAUCUGGCUCACACUCACGCACAAGGAUUGGGUGUACUGCGCUCUUGUACCACCGCUGUUGAGCUAUUUAAGAACGUAUGCGAACGUGGUGCUUGGGGAUCACGUCUCAUGCUGGCCCACGCGGCCUGGCGCGCUCGCGACUCCGACUCCUCCUUACUACAGUACCUCUCCCUCGCCGAGCGAGGCUAUGAACUGGCCAUGAGCAAUGCUGCCUUCUUGCUCGACAUCGGUGAAGUAAGCCUAUUCCCUGAAGAGGAGCGCUACCGCCGAGCCCUACAACUAUGGGGCCGCGCCGCCGCCCAGGGCUACUCCGCAGCCCGAGUCAAGCUCGGCGACUACCACUACUACGGCCAGGGCACGCACCGGGACCUGGAGGCCGCCGCACACCACUACAGGAUAGCAUCAGAGCAACUCCACAACGCCCAAGCGACGUUCAACCUAGGCUACAUGCACGAGCGCGGUCUAGGUCUCACCCAAGACCUGCAUCUAGCUAAACGCUGCUAUGACCUAGCGGCUGACACUUCGCCCGACGCCCGUCUGCCUACUGCACUAGCUUUAGCCCGACUUAAUGCUGAAACGGCAAUCACAAAAUUGGCUAAUUCCGUGUGGGUAACCCCGUUCGCGGCCGCCAUCGCGGGCGACGCCGUCUCCAACUGGGACGUGUACCUCAUCACCGCGCUGCUGGGCGCGCUCGGGCUCGUGGUGUACCUGCGCCGACCACCCAACUGACCCUGGAUUGUCCGUAUCAUUUUACGAGUGCGGGUCCGAUGAGGUUUAGGAUUCGACAAACGCUCCCUAAAGACUUGCUUGUAUUACAACACAUUAAUAAAGUGGGUCUCUAUUGUUUCCCAUAAAGUUUUAAGUCAUAAUGUAUUGUUUGUCCGCGUUUUCGUUAGUCAUAAUUUGGUUUUUCUCGGAAACGCGUAACUUUUCAGGAUUUACAUAAAACACUUUUUU